CUCUGCUCUCAAAAAAAAAAGUUUAUGAUCAGUAAGUUAUUUUAUUUGGAAUGCUUUGAUUUACAUCCAACUUUUUCAGAAACGCAUUACUUUUUAGAUGUAGGAUAUAGUCACUGAAGGGGGAGUACCAGUAUACAUAAAUGUAUUAUGUAAAAAUGGAACAAAAGAGGGUGGGGUCAAAGAUAAAGACCAUGAUGUAAAUUUUGUACCUUCUUGCACUUUGUGGUAUUUCAUGGAUGAUAGAGCAUUUUAAAGUGGCAUGGUUGCAAAAAUGCAUGUAUCAGGAAUUAAUAAGCUAACAGGGAAAUUUUAAGAAUUUCAUGCUUCAGUAUGCUUGUUUGUCUUCAGAACGUAUUUUAAGUCAGAAUGAGCAAAGAUAGUGGUCAAAGUUGGAAGAAGGUGUAAUUUUACUCAUUUUUUUUCUUUUUGACUUACUUGAACCUUGACAUCUGUGCUAUAGGUGAGUUUAGAUAGGUUUGUACAAAUAUUUCAGCCUGGGUUGCCUCACUCUAACUAUAUCUUGAUUUCUUAGCAUGACUUAGUGAAAGCUUCUUUUAAGAAUCUUCAGGUUAUAAAAUAGUGAAAAUUGAACUUAGGUGGCGGGGAUAUUACAGUUGUUUAGAUUUAUGUUUGAAUUAUUUAUAUUAAAAUUGUUCAUAUUUUAGGAACUAGAAUGAAACAUGAAAGGGGAGGAGGGUGAAGAGUAUGGUAAAAAAACAUUUAGAGAAAUUUAGUAAAUUCUCUGUUAGAAACUAGACUUUUGAACAAUUUUAAAGACUAUAAAAUUGUUUUUUUAAAAAAAAUAAACUAGUUAUUUGCACUUUACCUGCUGGCUUUUCCAUUUGGUAGAUAACAUUCUGAACUCCAGCAGAGUUUUAUAAUCCCCACGUGCUUAAAUAUACUAAAUGUUCUUUUUCCAUUAAGGUUAAUGUUCGUGAAGAAAUUGAAGAGUUUUUUCCAAGAAUGUGGAAGAUAAAUCAAGAUAAAAGAAGGCUAAUGAAAAGUAUUAAAGAUCAGAAAAUUAAAAUUGAAUGGGGGAAAAAAUUGAACAGAAGAUUGGUCAGAUAGAAGCACUUGAAUAUUUUUUUUAAGGCUAUUUUGAAUUGUUUGAAUUGGGGAAGAAUACACGAAGUAUGAAAAAUGAAAAAAUGAAGAAUGAAGAGAAGUAGAAAGCAAGAGUGAAGUAGAAUUAAAAGAAUCUGGAAGAAUGAAUGGGUCCUAGGUUAAGUAAAUGAGUCUCGCUCUCAGUCAAAAUCUCCAACGGGAACUCCUGCUCGUGUAAAAUCGGAGAGCAGGUCAGGAUCUCGUAGUCCAUCAAGGGUUUCCAAACACUCUGAAUCCCAUUCUCGAUCAAGAUCAAAAUCCAGGUCAAGAUCAAGGAGGCAUUCUCAUAGACGUUACACUCGAUCCAGAUCCCACUCUCACUCUCAUAGGAGACGAUCUCGAAGUAGAUCAUAUACACCAGAAUACCGGCGGCGAAGGAGCCGAAGUCAUUCUCCAAUGUCUAACCGGAGAAGACAUACUGGCAGCAGGGCAAAUCCAGAUCCCAACACUUGCCUUGGAGUGUUUGGCCUCAGUUUGUACACAACAGAGAGAGAUCUUCGUGAAGUGUUUUCUCGAUAUGGACCAUUGAGUGGCGUCAAUGUGGUUUAUGAUCAGCGAACUGGGCGAUCUCGAGGAUUUGCUUUUGUAUAUUUUGAGCGAAUAGAUGACUCAAAGGAGGCUAUGGAAAGGGCAAAUGGAAUGGAGCUGGAUGGUAGAAGAAUUCGAGUGGAUUAUUCUAUCACGAAGAGAGCGCACACACCUACACCAGGCAUCUACAUGGGCAGACCAACCCAUAGUGGUGGUGGUGGUGGAGGAGGAGGCGGCGGUGGAGGUGGAGGUGGUGGCAGACGUCGAGAUUCUUACUAUGAUAGAGGAUAUGAUCGUGGAUAUGACAGAUAUGAAGACUAUGAUUACCGGUACAGAAGACGAUCACCUUCUCCUUAUUAUAGUCGAUACAGAUCACGAUCAAGAUCUCGUUCCUACAGCCCAAGACGCUACUGAUAACGGAAUGGUUGCAAUUAAGGAUAUUUUUCCUCUCUCUUUUUUUUUUUUUUUUUUUUUUUUUUUUUUUUUUUUUUUAUUCUGAGAUUUCCCCAAGCUUCGGAUUCUUCCUACUCAUUAAGAAAAAAAAAGCUUUGGUUUAUUUAGCAUCUACACUUUUGUGAAUUGUGUUGCUGUUUUCCACCCCUUUUAUUAUACUCUUAAAGAUGUAAUUGUCAUUUUGAGUAGUUAAACAUCUUGAGUAUAACAGGAACCCCCCCAGUGUUAUGCUUUGUACUUUUUUUUUUUUUUUUGCUUUUACCGAGGUAAACUUCCAGCUAAUCAAAUAACGAAAAAAUUGUGUUUUUAUAGCUUCUUUUGUGUUACAUACUGUAUUAGAGAUCUGCAUUUAUGAGUAGCUCAUUUUUUAACUUUAUUUUGGGGAAGGUAGUAGUAACACAUGAAGUAAUUCAUUCAUGUCAGGUUUGUCUGGGGUGGCAUGGAACAGUCAGGUAGUUGAGUAUAGAAACUUUGAAGCAAUAGAAGAAAACACUUGGACAUUUCUUUUGAAGAACGGAAUUUUUGAACCCUAAAAAUUAAGUCUUUUUUUUUAAGAGAUGAAAAGCUUGUGGACUCCUGUAAAACAUUCUGUAUUUGAAAUACAUCUGUUAAAACUUAAAAACUGAAGUGUGAUUUUUUUGUUGUUGUUGUAAAAUUUAUUGAAGUUUAUUCCCUUAAUCAGUGAAGGAUAACUCUUAUUUAUUACCUAGAGCAGUUGUAUAAUUUGUUGUUAGAAAUUUUGGUAUUGGGACAGUGGAUAAAGCAGGUUAUCAUAUAGUAUAGAAUCCUUAGAAGAUACCUGUGGGGAAACAUAGUCUCAAAUAAAAGUUAAUUUCUUUGAAAA